UGUGCAGGGGGAGGAGGAGGCGGAGGCAGUGUGUGCAGGGGGGGGGAGGGAGGCUGUCCAUGGGUGCCAGGCUGCCAGGGAGCACUCAGCCAGCUGUAGGACUGUGAGAGCAGGCAGCCAGCACCCCGAGCAGCAGACAUGGCCUCGAUGGCGGCAGCUAUAGCCGCAGCCAGGACCUCCUCCAUGUCUGGGAACCGGCCGCUGGAUGAGAGGGAGAGGAACCGCUUCGCCUACUUCUCCUCGCUGAACUCCAUGGCCAAGAAGAUCAUGCAGGACAAGGAGCGGAUCCGGGAGAAAUACGGGGCCCAAUGGGACAAGAUGCCGCCCCGGGAGCAGGACGAGGCCAUCGAUAAGGUCCUGGUGGACCCCCAGCUCCAAACCCGGUAUGCCCUGCAUAGGGGGGCUGCCGACCCCCAGUCUGUGCCCUGCUACCCCGUGUUAAAGACACAGACCGGCCAGAAAGUGGUUCACUUCGGAGAGGAGGAUAUAACUUGGCAGGAUGAACAUUCAGCCCCAUUCUCUUGGGAGACUAAAAGUCAGAUGGAGUUCAGCAUUGCUUCACUCAACGCACAAGAUACAGCCAGUGGCCCAGCACAAAGUGACCUAAAACAAACUCCUAAACCUGGUAUCCAAGGCAAUCAGGUAAAGACACCACAUGUGAACCAAACCUCCAAAGUUAUUCAAGGAACCAAAACACCAAACUGUGAAGGGUCAACACCAGUCCGAAAAGAGGAAGAAUCUGCCUUCUGGAAAAUAAGCAUGGAGCGGUCCAGGAUUGAAGGUUCACAGUCGGAAUUUCAGUCGCUAACACCCAGCCAGAUAAAGUCCAUUGAAAAGGGAGAGAAGCCCCUUCCAAACUAUUAUAGACAAGAUUCCUUCCAGAAAGAAAAAGAUUUAGUGAAGCCAGGAAAACCUGAGAAGCCAGUUGGAAUGAUGGAAAAGCCAGCUACAUCCAUUGAGAAGCCAGCCAUGGCCAUUGAGAAGCCAGCCAUGGCCAUUGAGAAGCCAGCCAUGAUCAUCGAAAAGCCAACUUUGGCUUUUGAAAAUCCAGCUGUGGUAACCAAGCAGCCCAAGACUACCAAUUCUAGCCUGUCCUCUGUACUUCUGGAUUUAGAUAGACAUCGACCAAGCCAAUCUUCUGUGAGCACCAUAGAUGAUGUCUUCCUCCCAGAACCAAUAGCACCAGUACAAAUAGCAGCACAAACAAUCAGGGAACCAGUGAAUAAUGAUUCUUUCUCAGAAGAAUCUCAGCUCUUCUCAAAGAUUAACACUAGCAGCGUUGUCUUAAAGACCGGGUUUGAUUUUCUGGACAACUGGUAACACCGACACGUUGGGGAUCCAUGACAAGAAAAUGGCUUUUCUUUCUGAGCUGGUUUUAUUGUAACCUGCAAAUUCCUGCCGCCUUAGAAUGCUUUUUUUGUAAGAACAUUACAUUGUUUUGUAUACUUUUUGUGAUGUAUACUUGUUUUGUGAUUGAACCUGUAUGUCUGGUUUCAGUGAGGUCAGAUUUGUAUAAGCAUUUUUUUUCACUGCAAUUAACGGUUUCUCUUAGUGGGAUAUGAUUUAUCACACUGUAAAAUGCUUAUUAGUUUGUAAUACAUAUGUUUAUACAUAUUUUAAAAUUGUCUCACCAUCCCCCAUGGAUGGAAUAUCGGGAUAUUAACCUGUAGGUAGCUCUCAGCAUUAAUCUUAGACCACAUGCUUCUUCUAUUGAUGAACAUGUUGGCCCCACAUUUUAACAAAUCUCCCUGGUUUCUUUAUGCAGUGGGGAUUGAAAUCCACCAAUAAUUGUCUAUGCUGAAAUAACCGUUUUAGUUGUUUCAGGAUACCUUCAACGAAUAAUCUCAGAGAUUUAUCAAAUCCUGGGAUAAUCAGUUGAUCAUCAAUCACAUUUCCAUUUUGCAACAAUGUAUUUAGUUUUUUGGGUUUUUUUUGUGAGGUUCUGUUUGCCCAUAUAUAAUUAUAGGAAGCAGGGCUGUUGCAUGGUUCCCAAAACACCUGGGAUUUACCCCUAAGAAAAACUCCUACACUAACAGAGAUGCAGGUGUCAUGACAUAUCCCCACCUUUGUAUGUUAUGUCUUUCUUUCUAUCUAUAAACGGCUUGCUGUUAAUGCUCUACAGGAUCUAAAUGAAAGCAUUGCUGAAAACAAGCAUAUGCUGAUCCUGUCAUGCUACCCAACUAAUAGAGGGAUGUACAACAAACAGCAUUGUUUUCCAAUAGUCACCUAGGGGACCCCGUGCCCUACCUGUAAAUAAGCCUGGCGGAGCACUAUACUACUGGUCUUUUUUAUAGUAAAUGGCUUCUCUGAGAAGCAAUGUUCUGUUAUAAAAUUAAAAUAAAAAAAACUUUAAUAUCACCCUGUCCUUUCCACCAUCUGUAAAGUUCUGAGGCUAAAGAGUCCGCCCUACCCUCCAGCAUGCCUAUCAAAGGAACUGUCAAAAAUGUAACUUCUAAUUCAGUAUUGUAGGAGAACAUCCUGAAAUUAAGGAUUUUGUGAGAAAAAGUUGCUACAGUUGCUCUACUGUCAAGUUAUUUGCAUUUGUUAAUAGAAAAACAAAAAUAACCCAGCAUAAACAUGACUCCACAAUGUUACUACUACUACUAUUUUAUUCCCCAUUUUUUAUUUAUUUGUAGAAACCCCCUUUUUUUUUAUAGAUGUCGUGGUCUGCUUAGCAACAGAAAGCCCUGUUGGAAAUGAAAGUGUCCUGUACAUCUGUAAAUACGCGAAUUCCAAACUGUUCUCUGUGUAAUACCGGAGGCAGAUAUGAUCAAGUAAUGCCUCUGUAGUUCGACAGGAAUGUGUAAUGGGUAAUAGUAGAACACACACCCAAUAUUUUUAAGUGGAAAGUUUAGAUAUUUAUUAAAUGUAUCCUUUUUAGUCCUAUCUAAAUGCUACCUGUUUUCUUAAAUUGUGCUUUUAUAACCAAAUGCCUUAAUAGAUUUUAUUUUUCCACAAGCAUAUUACUGGUUUACAUACCAGAGUUCAGACAGGUACACUAAUAUACACCUUUUUAAGCUAUUAAUAUUUUCAAAGUGUACCUGGAGUGCAAAAAUGAUAUGUUAUCACUUGAUAGAUAAAACUGUAAUCUAUAUGUCAGCCAAAUUCUUUGCCAUCUGUAGUUACCAUAUUAUGCAUAUAGUUUAUAGCACUUGCCUAAAGGGCAGGAGGUAGAAAGGGAAAAAAAUAUGGCUGACAAAAAUGGUGGAACUGUAUCAUCCUACGGUAUGGCUGACAAAAUAGUGAAAGUGCAUUAUCACACAAUAUGCACCCCCAUGCAAUACGAAAUUUUAUAUAUACGAAUAUGAUGAUUUUGCUGCCAUAUUGUAAAGAUAAUUAUGAUGAUCUCAGACAAUACAAUGCCUCCCCAUAGGGAAGCUCGUGCAAUUCGACACAUUACACGAGUCAAUUGCAGCAUUUUAUUGAGAACAGAGUUUGACUUGGUUCUCAAGCCGGAAGCGCCUUUAGUAACUGUCAUGAAGGCAACCAUUAGAGAUGUGUUAACCUUGCAAUCAAGGCAUUGCCAUAUCUACUAUACAGCAAUAUUUUACAUUGCAGGAUUAAAACUAAAGUACCACUGCACCCAGACAAUUUCAUUGAGAGGAAGUGCUCUGGGUGCCUUUAGUGGUCCUUUAACCUUUUUUAUCGUUUGAUGUCUUUUCAAUUUAUAUUACGGAUUUAGCAAUUUACACUACAAUCCAGUUCAGUCAAGGCACAUACAGGGCACACAUUGCAAAUUAUGAGAUGACUACCAAGUCAAUAACAAUUGUUUACAGUGAGCUAAGAUGGAGGUGUCCAGUAGCAGGAUAAAGAGGUGUUGAUUACUAUAUGUUAUGCUAUUUUUCACACCUUGCAGAAACAUUUGUGAAAUACAGGGGAUAUGCAAACAUAAUAUUAGAAAUCCUGUGAAGUAAAAGUUCCCCUUUGAAGCAUCAUUUUGCUGACACCAUUUUACUCAGUAUUGUCAUUAAAUAAGCAUUUAUGAAGCAUAUUUGAUUUUAAUUAUAUAAAUUCAUGUUUCUUGUUUAAGACAAUAUAUGACAUAUCAUAGUUGCUAUAUAGUGUAAGAUAAUAUAUCUUUUGCUUUGAAACCCGCUCCUUUGUAACAAUUACAAUGUUAAAGUGUUACUCUAAGCACUACAAUCACUUUAGCUUUUUAAAAUGGUUAUAGUGCAAGCACUGUUCAGAUUCAAGCUAUUUAUUUUUGCUGGGGUGUAAAUCGCCUUCCAUCCAUCAGCAAGCCCGGAACUCUAAAAAUCUUUGUUUUGUCCAGGUUUUUGGACUAUAUAUAUCCCUUUUCUCUGGAGAGAGAAUGCAGCACUGCUUAGAUCUCAACAUAAACCGCGAACUGGGCAUAGGGUGACUGAAAAUCAGCAGCAUUAUGGCACCAUUUCAUUCCUCACUUACAAUAACCAGAACUUCCCUUUGGUAUAACAAACUUAUUCAAUAACCUCCAGUUUAACAGGGUUUUAUGGGAAAAUAAUCUCCUAGUGCGCAAGGGGUGACUAAGCAGUGCUCCUAAGAAAAUGUUAAAGGUGAGUACUUUUUUUUUUUUUUUUUUAAUGCAUUGAAAAUAGGUGGUCAUUAUUACCCCAUAGUUACUCUUGUUUUUUUUUUUUUUUUUUUUUUUUUUUAAAUAUGCUGUUAAAAUACUAAAUUUACCUUUUAUUCUGUUGAAAGUGAUAAAAUAAAUUGGCAUGAAUUGUCAUGUUUGCCACUUGGAGAUCACUUAUGCAAGCCACAUAAUCCGAAGAAUCCCUUACUGCUCCAAUUGGAAUAAUUCAUUCUAAGUGUUUUUUUUUUACCAAAACAUAUUUAUUUAAAUUGGCAUGUAAUAAGGUAAUACUAUUCCUGUAAUCUGAAACUCAUUCCAUUUGUUAUUGUAUUGUUACUUACCUCUUAGACAGGGUUUACUAAAAUUGUGAAUUUCCUUUGACAAAAUAAACUUGCCUCUUUGGUAAUUUGAAAAAAAAAGGUGCUUCAAUUACCUAUUCUCAGGUUUUGAAGUUCAGGAUUUGUACCUUAUGCCCUUAAUAUGCACAUGCUUGGUAUUACGGGUUCCAGGAUGUGUAUUUUUAAUUGUAAAUCCAUGAACUAUUUUAUAUCCUGUGUACCUUUUUUAUUACAUGUAAAAAAAUCAAUAAAAGCUUUAUAAAAUUAAUUAUUUUGUUCUAGGCAAUGAUGAACAAUUUAUAGUUCUAUCUAAUAUUACAACAAUGGUCUUUUUAAAUUUCAUAAAAAUUGCCUUAAUUUUUGGUUAGUCAAUAUUUGAGAUUUCUGUCAUAUUAGACAUGGUCCGUGAUAUAGGUGCUUGAUAAUUAAAGCUACAACACAUUUAUGACUAACCAUUCAGUACCGAAAUAUCCAUCUAUUGUAUUGUGUAUAGUUGACAUAUUACAUAUAAGGAACUAUAUCUAGUAUUGGGCUACAUAAAAAUGAUUUCCCAAUCCAACUGUGCUAUUUAUUGGUUAGAAUCUAUAUUUUAGACACAUUUGCGAUUUGAAGAUCAGACAGAUUAAAUUAGAAGUUUACUUAAAUAUAACUAUUAUUUACACGUUUGCUCCACAAUUACUAUAAGAACCAAUUAUGAAAUAAUUCUGUCAGCUUUUAAAGAUUCUGUAUCAAAAAACAAUGCUCCACUUAUUGGUAACAAGAAUGUAUAACGUAGCAAAUGCUAAUAAGCAGCCCAUUCCAUACUGGCAUAGUCUGUAGAGACAAGAUUGUGAUGAUGGCAUGACAAAUCAUUGGUCCUUAAAUGUUUAAAAUUACUUUCACUUAACCCAUUGAGAAAUCACCUGUGAGCACUCACAGAGCGAAUUCAGAAAGUUUACUGAACGUCUAUAGAAUUAAUUGGUCAUUACAGUGUGAUCUAGUGGAAACUUUGGAACGCAAAGAAGUAGUUCUUCUCUAAAACUGACUCUUAACCGGGCCCCCUAGGUGCCUGCAGCCUGGCUCCUCUUCUAAUAUCACUAGAAUCUAGAGCAGGCAUAGGCAACCUUCGGCACUGCAGAUGUUUUGGACUACACCUCUCAUGAUGCUUUGCCAGCAUUAUGGGGGAUGUAGUCCACAACAUCUGGAGUGCCAAAGGUUGCCUAUCCCUGCUUAAGAGCAAAGGUUCAUACUCCCAUAUUGGUGACCUCAAACCUUCCCACAUUUGGAUGGAAGUUAUUGACAUCAGCCUGCUCUUUUAGCAGCGGCUACAUCGCUCUGAAGUGGUUAUGUUCUUAAACUGCCCUUUAAUAUAACCAUGCAGAUCCCACUAAACUGGACCUGGGGUUACUGAGCCAAAUUCUUGUUACUGAGUUUUUUUUUUUUUUUCAAUACUGAUUCUCCUUAGUGAAAAUUUCCCUGAAUGUUAAGAUGCCGUUUUAAAUUUUACAGAUUUUUCUGAAUAAACACAUCAGUCAUGUUUUAACCUGUGUAUUGACGCAGACACAGGGAAUCCUGGGUGUAUAUACAUGAGGCACAGGUAAAGGUGAUGAAAUGACAGUUUGCUUCAAUGUUACUUGUAUUGACUUAGAGAUAGAUCAUGUGUAUGCAAUUGUUUCAGUUCCAUAUUUGCUGAUAUUUGUAUGGUUCACAUGUCUGUAAAAAGCCCUCCGUCCAGGUAAUGCAUAGCAGUCUUUUUUUUUUUCACAAGGAAAAUAAUGCUGUCAUAUUAAAUAAAUGUACUUUGUUGAUUCUCUUUUAAUAUUUUUGUGAGCUUUGAGCAAAACCAAUGAUGUGGAGCGUCCUAUAAAUAUUUUUGUCUUUCAUGGCUUUCUUGUAAUUUGUCACAUUUUAUAUUCUUAACAAUAACCCUUAUUAAAGUCCAUUAAGUAUUCAA